UGGAUGGGUAAGACAAUUCAAGUGUAUGGAUUCCCUUCUAAUGUGACUGUAGAUGAAGUUAAGGGCUUUUUGGAAUCAUAUACAGGUGAAGGAACAGUUUAUGCUAUGAAGAUCAGGGAAAAGGGGGGUCCAAGAAAAUAUGCUAUUGUUCAAUUCACGACUGUCAGAGCUGCUGAAUAUAUUAUCUCUCUGACUAAUGAACGCCUUUGGUAUGAUACUUCAUAUCUCAAGGCUCGGAUCAUGGACACUGAUAUUGUACCAAAGCCGAGGACAUUUUUGCACAGCAUGGAACAUAUAACACUGCAUUUUGGAUGUCAGAUAUCAAAAGAAGAGUUUUAUGUUCUGUGGAAAGGGACAGAUGUUUCGGUGAAUAUUGAAUUUGAAAUGAAAAAAUUACACUUUUUUCUGUCUCAUCAUCAAGUAGAGUACAAGCUUGACCUUUUAUAUGAGAACAUCUGGCAGAUGGUGCUGCAUCGUCCGCGUGGUCAAUCUGUGAAAUAUCUUCUAAUUCAGUUAUAUGGUGCACCCCGGAUUUUUGAGAAAGAGAUAUGCCUGUCAUCGAAUGUGUUUAAGGAUCCACUUUUCAACUAUUUUAAGGAUGUCCCUGAUGACCAAUGGGUCAGGACAACAGAUUUCACUCCAUCAUGCCUCAUUGGGCAUUCAUCUGCACUAUGUUUGGAGCUUCCUUCCAGUCUUCAACUUCCAAAAUUUGAGAACUUUGCUUAUUAUAAUGAAACUGAAGGCAAAUUUCUGUUACAGAAUGGUUCUGCUUUUUCUCGCAAUCUGGAUCUAGUUCCCAUUGUUGGUCCUUUCUCAGAUGAUUUGCCAUAUGAGAUCCUUUUUCAGGUUAAUUUGUUGGUUCAGAAUGGAUGCCUUCCAGGGCCAGCUCUUGAUACUAAUUUUUACAAGUUGGUUGAUCCGACUAGAAUAAACAUUGUCUACAUAGAGCAUGCUCUUGAGAAAAUUUAUUACUUGAAAGAAUGUUGUUAUGAACCUUCUAGGUGGCUUAAUGAACAGUAUAUGAAGUAUUAUAAAUCCAAGAACGUCCCAAAAUCACCUUAUAUGUCCUUAGAUGCUGGUUUGGUGUAUGUGCGCAGGUUUCAAAUAACACCUUGUAAAGUGUAUUUUUGUGGUCCAGAGAUUAAUAUCUCAAACCACGUGCUACGCUACUUUCCAGAAGAUAUUAAUAACUUUCUCCGUCUAUCUCUUGUUGAUGAGGAGUUGGGUAAAAUUCAUUCAACAGAUUUAUCUCCUCGUGCUUCUGAAAACAAGGAAAGGAGAACUGCUAUUUAUAAAAGAUUUCUCUCUAUUCUCCAAAAUGGAACAGUUAUUGACAAGAAAAGGUUUGAGUUCCUUGCCUUUUCAUCUAGUCAGUUGCGGGAAAAUUCUUGCUGGAUGUUUGCAUCAAGAUAUGGACUCACUGCUGCAGAUAUAAGAGAAUUGAUGGGCAACUUUCGUCAGAUACGAAAUGUGGCUAAAUAUGCAGCCAGACUGGGUCAGUCCUUCAGUUCAUCCACUGAAACGCUGACUGUUAGCAGAAAUGAAAUGGAAAUUAUUCCUGAUGUAGAGAUUGAAAGGGGCAGAACUAAGUAUUUAUUCUCUGAUGGCAUCGGGAAAAUAUCUGCUGAAUUUGCUACGAAGGUGGCCUUGAAAUGUGGCUGCAAAGGUUUCUCUCCAUCUGCAUUUCAGAUUCGGUAUGGUGGGUAUAAAGGUGUUGUGGCAGUUGAUUCAACUUCAUCAAAAAAAUUAUCAUUGAGAAAGAGCAUGUGCAAGUAUGAGUCUGAAAAUACAAAACUGGAUGUUUUGGCAUAUAGCAAGUAUCAGCCUUGUUUCCUGAAUCGCCAACUGAUUACUCUUCUGUCUACCCUUGGUAUUCCAGAUCAUAUUUUUGAGGAAAAACAAAGAGAAGCUGUUGAUCAACUUGAUGCCAUGUUAACAGAUCCAUUAAGGGCACCGGAGGCACUGGAUUUGAUGUCUUCUGGAGAGAUUACCAACAUUCUCAAGGAAAUGCUUUUGUGUGGUUAUGAGCCAAAUGCUGAACCAUUCCUUUCAAUGAUGCUCCAAAUGUUCCGCGCAUCAAAGUUGCUUGAUUUGCAGACAAAAACUAGGAUUUUUCUUCCAAAUGGGAGAUCUAUGAUGGGAUGCUUAGAUGAGACCAGAACCUUGGAAUAUGGACAGGUAUUCGUGCAAUUUUCUGGUACUAGACAUAGGCAGCUAUAUGAUAGUUCCCUCGUGUUUGGAGGUUGUGGAUCACACCAGAAUUUUGUUAUUGAGGGAAAGGUAGUUGUAGCCAAAAACCCGUGCUUGCACCCAGGCGAUGUUCGCGUUUUAAGGGCUGUGAAUGUGCCAGCUUUGCACCAUAUGGUAGAUUGUGUUGUUUUUCCACAGAAAGGACCAAGACCUCAUCCAAAUGAAUGCUCGGGAAGUGAUUUGGAUGGAGAUAUCUACUUUGUCUGUUGGGAUCCUAAUCUAAUCCCAGAUCAGCAAAUUCCACCAGUGGACUAUACACCAGAGCCAACAGUGCAGCUGGAUCAUGAUGUUACAAUUGAGGAAGUUGAGGAGUAUUUCACCAACUACAUCUUGAAUGACAGCUUGGGAAUAAUUGCUAAUGCUCACACUGUCUUUGCUGAUAGGGAACCUUCCAAAGAAAUGAGUGAUCCAUGUAUCGAACUUACCCGUAAAUUUUCUAUUGCAGUUGACUUUCCAAAAACUGGAAUACCAGCUGAAAUACCUCCCCAUCUACUUGUUAGAGAAUAUCCUGAUUUUAUGGAAAAGGCUGACAAACCAACCUAUCAAUCGCAGAAUGUGAUUGGAAAACUUUUCCGAGAAGUGAGACACAUUGGACCACCUACAAGCUCUAUCAAGUCCUUUACUUUGGAAGUGGCAAGGCAGUGUUAUGACCCUGAUAUGGAAGUAGAUGGCUUUGAGGAUUACAAAGAUGAUGCCUUCUAUUACAAAAGCAAUUAUGAUUACAAGUUGGGCAAUUAUAUGGAUUAUUAUGGCAUCAGAACAGAGGCUGAAAUUCUCAGUGGAAAUAUUAUGAAAAUGUCAAAAGCUUUCACCAAGAGAAGGGAUGCUGAAGCAAUUGCAAUGGCAGUGAGGUCCUUGAGGAACGAAGCGAAGUCCUGGUUUUAUGAAAAGGGAAGUGGAUUAGAUUCUGUAGCUCAUGAUGUAUAUGCAAAAGCCUCAGCUUGGUACCAUGUUACCUAUCAUCCUAGUUUCUGGGGCUGCUACAAUGAGGGAAUGAAACGAGAUCAUUUUCUUAGCUUUCCAUGGUGUGUUUAUGACAAACUGAUCCAGAUCAAGAGGAAAAAAAUACGUAUGAGAACGAUUAUCUCAUCUUUGGAAUGCCAGUUUAGUCAUGGACUGCAGUUGAGUUGACAAAUAUGUGGAGAUAAGUAUGGCAUAUGUAUUGAUUCUAUGACAGGAACUUGUAUAUAUCCGUAAUACAUAAUUUCAGUUUUCUAGGGAAUUAAUCGAUUUCACUUUCACAGCUAUCAGCAGGGCCUUUAUGACGGGCCAAUCCAGAUCCAGAGGUCUUACAUUUAUCACCUUUAGAUUGCCUGUUUAGAUG